GGGCGGGGGAUGGGCGGACAUGGAGCUGGCGGCUCCGGCGCUCCGGCGGUACUUGCUGCUGCUGGCGCAGGAGCACCUCGAGUUCCGCCUGCCGGAAAUAACAUCAUUGCUCUCCCUUUGUGGUGGAAAAUUCAGUGGUGAGCAGGAAAUUCGUGUAAAUUCUCCAUUUUGGAUUCUCAAUAUUCCUUCAGAAGAGAUGGCAAGGGGACUAAUGAAACGGACAGUAUGUGCAAAGUCUAUAUUUGAACUGUGGGGUCAUGGAAGAUCUGAGGGCGAGCUCUAUGCCUCUCUGAAGAACUAUCCAGUGGACAAGAUGCUUCCGUAUCUACAGUCAGACUCUACUUACAAAGUACAUAUUCAUACGUUUAAUAAAACACUGACUCAAGCACAGAAAAUAAAAAAGAUCGAUGCCCUUGAGUUUCUGCCAUUCAAAGGAAAAGUAAAUUUAAAGAAUCCAGAACACAUCUUCUGGAUUUUGGAAGAUUAUGGAAUGAACCCAAAUAAUGUUCCAGAAGAGCCCUUUCAUCUGUAUUUUGGUAGAUGGAUUGCAGAUGGCCAAAGAGAACUCAUUGAAUCCUACAGUGUAAAGAAGAGACACUUCAUUGGAAAUACAAGCAUGGAUGCCUGCCUGUCUUUCAUUAUGGCCAACCAUGGGAGAGUAAAACCCAAUGAUGUUGUAUAUGAUCCAUUUGUUGGAACAGGUGGCCUUCUAAUCUCCUCAGCACACUUUGGAGCAUAUGUGUGUGGUACUGAUAUAGAUUACAACACAAUCCACGGAUUAGGCAAGGCAAGCAGAAAGAACCAGAAAUGGAGAGGGCCAGAUGAAAAUAUCAGAGCUAAUCUCCGACAGUAUGGUUUAGAGAAAUACUACCUCGAUGCACUGGUUGCUGAUUCUUCAAGGCCAAUAUGGCGAAAAGGGAUGCUGUUCGAUGCAAUCAUUACAGACCCACCAUAUGGUAUCAGAGAAGCUACUCGCAGAACAGGUUCACAAAAGGAAGCAGUUAAGUCAGUUGAAAGAAGCACAGAAAAUCACAUCUUCGUUUCAUCCAAUUAUCAUCUAAGUGACAUCUUUUUUGACCUGUUGAAGUUUGCGGCAGAAUAUCUGGUGAUGGGAGGAAGAUUAGUUUACUGGCUGCCAAUAUACAGGCCUGAAUAUACAGAAGAAAUCAUUCCCCGCCACCCGUGCCUGAAACUUAUUAGCAACUGUGAGCAGAUGCUUUCCAGCCACACAUCAAGGCGCCUGAUUACCAUGGAAAAGGUGAAAGAAUUCAAGUUUUUGGUAAACUCUUCAUCCCAAGCAAGCCCCUGAAUAGUGUGAAAAAGAUCUUUGAACUUAUGGUUACUUGUGAAUCCCAUCCACUGAGAUGCCUAAGUUUCCAUUGAUUUCAAAGUGUAACUUGAUGCCCGAGUAUAUACUAAAUGGCUUUGUGGGUCUUUCAGUACAGGUAAACCAUAUUCGAUUCUGUUACUUCAUCUUUAAAGCUCUUAGUUUUUGAGAUAAUAUUGAAGUUGUGAAAGUACAGUGAAACACACUGACUCUUUUUUUGUUUUGGGACACACUGAGUGGCUCUCCUGAGGCAGUGGGGGGAGGGAAUACUGCAUUCAGGUCUCCUUUCCAUUCUCGAUGCUUCUCUCACUCGAUACUGUUAAAAGAGAUGCUAAACAACUGUGAGGCAAAUUCUUAAUGAAAAUGCACACAGUGAGAAAGUGUUUUUAGUACAAUCCUUGUCAGUUGGAAGAGCUGUUUCAGAUGACAGGACAUACAGUCAAACUGCUGUGUCUGCAUGGUGCUUGCACUAAUAACACAGCAGGGUUUCAGUACUGUGCUCUUAAUGCUCAUGAUAAGUGCAGUUCUCAAGCAACACCUGAAUUUUUAAAAACACCGUAGUUGGAGUUCGGUGUCGGAGUUGCCAACAUCACCAGUAGCGAACUAGGAGGGUAGAUGCUGAAAAUUUUUGACAUGUGUGUCUCAGGGUUUUCAGGGAGGUUUUCUGCAGGAGUUUUAUUAAUACCGGUGCUGUAGGAUAACAUGUUCUAAUCUAAAAAAUAUAUCCACCCUUCUGUGAUUAGACUUUUGUCAUUUGUUAUUCUUGUUUUAUGCAUCACCUGUUCUUCAGUAUGUGAUUUGACAGGUUCAUGUCUGGAAAUGCUUAGCUCUGAGCACCUGAGAAUAUUUGGCAGGCUUACUGUUUAGAUAAAACUGUGCAAGUGCUUAUAUUCAGAACUCCAAAUGUCUGUUAGAUAAUCUGAAGAUACCAGAACCCAUGUAUGGUUUUUGAUGAUGUAAAACUUAUCUAAAGAACAAAAUGCAUAUUGAGUCCUUAGCCAAUGCCUGCCUGGUUUAGGGUCUUGUUUGGUGUCUAAGAUUUCCCCACCUCAGUGUCCCUUACUUGGAACAUGGUUUUUCCUUUCUUAAUAUCCUGAGCAACCUUUGAAUUGAAUAUUUCUUUCUGACUCACCAGAUGUGAUCAUAAAAUUCAAUAGAUAGUGUUUUGGCUGUUUUCUUAAAUGAAAGAGUGAAUUUUUAUGAAUAUACAAACAUUUAUGUUUCCAGACAGUUCCUGUCUGUUUUACUAAACUGGUCUGUAACAGACCUUCACAGCUACCUUUUAAUUCAGCUUAGUGCAGCACUUGCAAGUGGCUAGGAAGUUUUAUGAAUCAUGUAGUGUCAUUAUGCAGUUCUUUGGUUUCCCCAGGGUUUGCCACCAGUAAGGAAUUGGCAGAUUUCACAGCAAAUUUGGUUUCACUGUUAACACUCUAAACUCUUAAAUGAAGAUGAAUUCAGUCAGUUACUGAAAUUGAUGGUGCAUUUUUUUUGAAUUGUAAUAAAAAGGAGACCAAAAUGAAUGCAAAAAGUGAGUAUGUCUAGGUGAAGUAUUGAUCUAUCGUAACUAAUCAUUAACAUGAAGAUCAUAUAUGUUGAAUUAAAAACCUCACAAAAGCUGGUAUAUAACUCACUGUCUAGUGAGCAUCCAGUCUGUUCUUUUUAAGUUUACAGUGAAAUCAUGCCAACUGGAAAAGAUUUCUUACUGAACUCAGUGUUGAUAUGAAUAGGCUUUUCCAGCAUAUGCACGAUAUGAGCAGAGGAGUUGUUUGUUUAUUAACAUUUAAAGCUUUUUUUUUUUUCUUUUUAAAUUACCGUUUCAGGCAACUUUUGCCAUUGUUCCUCCCAGCACAGUGCUCACCCCAAAGUUUUCAUGUCACAUGGUCACUCCAGAGUUGUUACUGGUGUAGAAUUUUUCCUGUUGAAUUUAGCAGUGUCUGUUCCUGGAUAUGACCCUGUUGUCCCCGUUUUGGUAACUGGUCCCUUUUGUUUAUAGCUGUAUAACAUUAGUACAAGUGGUUUCUGUAGCUACUGUCCUGUACCAGAUGUGGAGUGGUAGGAAGAGAUGAUAGGGCUAGGAAGAAUUUUUUUUCUUUAAACAAAAACUGAAUGUGGGUAAUUACCCUGGAGCCAAACGGAGACAUGCUAGGUUUAUAAAAAAUCUUUAGAAUAUCACUUAAUAUUUACCAAGAUUUCAAGAAAAGCAAAACUUUCUUGUUAUCAUUAAGCGUCCUCCUCUCUUCCACCUCUGUCAUUAUUUACUGGAGAUCUGUAACACCUAUUUUAGUGUUGUCUUUACAAGAGAUAAGUGUUGAGUUGAAAACUCAAAGUAGCUAAAAGCAAUUUGGUAGCUUUUUGACAAGAACUUUGUUGGUUUGCAGUUGUCACAGAACUUAUCAUAAAACAUUUCAGAGCAACAUUUAUGUGGUAACUGCUGCUUGCAAUUAGUCUGCUGUUUUGAGAACUUAUAUUAUUCAAAAUAAGAACCAAGGGUGAUGAUAAAGAAUGACCAGAGAUUAACAAACAUCUCCUGUUCUGAAUUUUACAAAUAAAAGAAGAAGUCUUUGUCUUCUUGGUAGUGCUGACGCACUAGGGAAAGAGCUGACUUAGUGCCAAGUAGGCUGAUCAUUGCUGAUCGGUCUUGUAAAUUAUUUCUUGGAAAGUCUCACUGUUUUGUGUUAAAUAACCAAUUACAAACUUUAUGCCUUGAAAACUACAUAUGGUUGUUUCAAAGGAAAUGAGAGAAAAAAGUUACUCAUCCCUAGAUGCAGCUGUGUGUCACCAGCAGCACUGCUUAUUUCUCCUCCAGCGUGUCAAGAGGAGGAAAGAGACUGUCUUCCUUAAAACCCUAUGGUUCAACUCCAUUCCCUGAAUUUAAGCUGCUUUUUUUUUUUUUUUUUUUUUUUUAAAAAAAAAAAAAAGAAAAAGAAAGUUAAAAAACAUCCAUGUUAACUGCACUGGACAGUUAAUGCGUUUGAGGGAGACCUGACACUACCCCUGACACCUUCCAUAAGAGAGAUCUCUUACUGCAAAAUGUUCCUGUCAUAUAUUUAGUUUGCAUAUUCUAACAAUUUAUGCUACUCAAAUCAGAGAGUAACUGAGGAUGUUUGACUGAUUUCCUUACUGAAACAAGCUGCUGCUUGAUGGCCAGGCAAAUUCUAUUGCAAAUUGUCACAAUAAAUUCUUUAAUGAAGAGUUUUUUGGACAAGCAUUCCUGGUGUUCAAGUUGUACCCAUUCAUCUCCCUGAUACAAAAUGUUGUAAUUUAGAAUUUAUUUGGAAAUCAUUAGUUUCUGAAAUCCAAGAAUUUUUUUUACUUUGAUCAAUUGUCAUGUUGCCCAUAAAACUAUUUUGACUAGUAAAUGCUAACAGUGAGUGGUACCUGCAGGUAGUUCAGGAUUUCUUUAUUUUCUUUUCACUCUUUUGAGGAGCAGUUCACAAUCUGUUGAUUCUUUUGUUGUUGUUUUUGGUUGGUUGGUUUUUUGUUUGGUUUUUGGGGUUUUGUUAAGCAGUCACCAUCUUUAUUAGGCAGUCAUACCUGCACAGGAGAAAGGUAGAGAAUGAAACCUCUUAAACUGGAAUUAUUGUGAUGUGGGCCAGGAGCUUCCUUUGUAAUCUCUCCCAAUAAACCCAUGCGUAGCUGCAGAUCUCUCAUCUAGCGAGCAGAGCUUUUGAUGAGGCUUGGAUUUUCAAGAUAGAUUCUGCUGUGGAAUGGUGCACCAAGCCUGUUUCCAUUUGAUGAAUACAGAUGCUCCUAUUACACCUGUGUUUUACUUGAAGUUUGUUCUCUUACACAGUAUAUCCUCUCUUUGCCUUAACCAACUCGGGGAUAGAGGAAGGAGAAGUUUCUUUCCUCUUUCCUCCCUUCACCCUGAAUCAGCAUUUUGUUUCUUACAGAAUCAAGAUGAAUGGUGUACACAUGUGUGACCUCUUAGAGGUUGUGGGGAUUAUGCUAUUGAGCAUAAUGAAGUGACAUCAAUAAGCAUAACACUGUUUUUAGAAGUCCCAUCAGUUUUCUUUAGCACUCAAGUCAAAGUUUGAUGUACUGUUUAGCUUAUAGCAUUGCUAAUGUUAGUUGACAAGUAUCUUCAUUGUGUAAAGCCAUAAUACAUAAUGAACUAAACCUUUGUAUUUGUAGUGGGACAGUUUUCUAAACUAUAUUGUUGGCUGGUGUCAAAUAUGUAUUAUGUGUAGGGAUACUGUAUCAACUUAACUUUCAGAGGUAUAUGAAUGCUGCACAAAAAAAUUUUCUCUGAUUGUGCUUCAAUAACUGUAGGAACUCAUUUUAGCUGACUGUGUUCCUCUUCUGUUUGUACCUGCCUUAGAGACCUCUGAGUGAUGGAAUUCUCCAGAUGGCAUUUUUUCUGGAAAAUACAUGUUUUCCUUUAUAAAAGUCUGUGUAGCAUAGUACCUGUGCUCAUUCAUUCAUGUAAGGGUAAGAUUCUCGUGAUGCCAGAUGAGAUAUUUUCGGUGAUGCAGUGCUGUUAAAACUGACAACUUGCAUAAUUUUGCUGUACAGAGUAGAAUAAUGGAACUUUGAAUGAGUACAUUAAGAAACACAAACAAAAACUAACAUCACAAACAAAAUCUCUUUGUCUGCUUACAGCUUGUAUUUGAUUAAUGUCAAAUGAGAAUCCAUGGCAUAUGGAAUUUCAUUUCUGUUAAAUGUUAAGACUUUGAAGUAGAAUGUAUAUGUUCUUGUUAAUCCUAAUGGAAACCUUAGCAUUCUUUUUUUAAAAUUCUUUAAAUCAGUCUAGUGUCUUAAAUGGGUGCUGUUGAAUUGUAAAAAAAACUUAACUACUUUACCGUUACUUGUAAGUGUUU